AUGCGAAACAAUGCCGUCUUCACCGAGACCACAGCUACCCUGUUCGCGGAGCUCUUCUUUGGUCAAGUGUUCAACGCGAAGCCCGCCAAGCGACUCGCUGAUAUGGUGAAGUCCGCAAAGGCAGAGAAAGAAGGAGCGCAAAUCAAAGUUGUCAUCGCUGCACGUCAGGCGUUAAAGUAA